CUGCAACAGAUGCCAACAUCCGAUUCCUAGAUUGUCUCUGUUAAUAAUGUAUCGUUGAAGUAUUUCAACAAUCAUAUUAUAGACAGUCCUUCAUUGAAUCGAACAGGAGGAAAUCGGAGCACGCCAGCUCCGCGCUCUAAAAUGGAUGAGGGACUACUGCUUUUUGAGCACCUUAGAGUUCCGCUUGCUGUUACCGGUUCAGCCUCGUACUGGAAAAUCAAGGAGAAGGAUGCCCGUGUCGUCCUCCAAACAGCCACUAUAAUUUUGUGGGGAUCACCGGCGCUUGAACUUCUUAGAUUUUAGAGAAGUGACACCAGUCUAUGGAAUAAGCUUUUGUUAUUGGUUCAUUGAGGUAGUACUAUGUUUCAUCUCAUGUCACCGAUUACAGGUAAGUGUGCCGCCAUUAAUAGUUCAACAUGAAGAAAGUGAAUUCACCGCGAGGUAAGUUUACCGAGUAAAUAUAUUCAUAGUAUCUGACAACUAAUAGUUAAAAAGUAUUUUAUUAACAAAAAAAUAAAAAAAUAAUAAUAAAUAAAUAAAAAAAAAGAGAGAACAAUUGAAGUAGAAUGAAAAAUUACCAAAAACUUCGUACGUGUAACUUACCCUGCGGUGAGUUGAUGACGGUGAACUUAACGGACAUGGUGUCACCAGAUCAGGGGGGAAAAUGUAGCCUCGUUGGCUUCAAAUACUUCCAGCAGAACACAAGGAACUUCCAAGUUUCUUUCCUUUAAAUUGGGUAUCAACAGCUGAGGUACCAAAUUUGCAUUCGAAUUCCGAUACUCGAAGUCUUCCAUCUUCUGUAAUGCACUGUGACCACGGUUCAGCCGUACAGCACGCUCAUGGAUUGUGACACGCCAUAAGGUCCAUAAGCUGGUGAUUAGAGUCAGUGGUCGCAGUUGAUGCUCUUCCACUGAGUGAGUUUUACGUCAACAUUAGUCUCCUCAUCUUAAAACUUCUUUCUCUAUCUGUGUACAAUGCUUUUGACAAUAGUGUUAUAUCAGUAAACAAUCUGAGGCGUUCUGAGUAUAUCAGACAGCUUGCAUCUAAUCCUUUGUCAAGAACUCGAUGACGGCCGGUUUUUUUUAUGUUUAAAAUCAAUUAUUUGCCUGUAACAAAGAGAAAAAGAAGGAACAAGUUACUAUAGGAAGACUUACUUCACCAUCAUGAAUAAUUUGAACGUCCUAUAUUUCAAUUAAUAAACGUUAUGCCCACUUUUCAUUAAUUGCACAAUCAGGCUGUUCCGUCGAUCGGAUCAACUGGAACCCUCAUCGUCGUAACCGACGGAGUACCGGUUUGUAUGUAGUUUAAAAUUAUUAGUUGUUUACAUUUAUCGCAGAAGGUCUCUUAGCAUUUCUAAUAAUUUAGAUUCUAGACAAUUCCAUUAUUUUAGUGGUUUAUACAUGGAAUAAUGUCACGUGAUACAGACUAGCAACACUUAGCACGAUAUUGAAGUAAUCGUGAUCUUGUCAUACCGGAGAAGUUAGUAUGGUUUGGUUCACACUUGUAACCCUGCUAAUAUCUCUAACUUCCUAUAGUGCUUCUGGUGACAGCUCCGAGUGGCUGACUGAUUUCGAUAUUGGUAACAGAUUGUUUUUAUACUUUUUAGUUAGUGUCUAUGAAGAAGGCAGUGUCUAUGAAGGAGGCAGUAUCUAUGAAGGAGACAGUGUCUACGGAGAAGGCAGUGUCUACGGAGAAGGCAGUGUUUACGGAGAAGGCAGUGUCUACGAAGAAGACAGUGUCUAUGAAGAAGGCAGGGUAUAUGAAGAAAGCAGUGUCUUUUAUAGGGUCUACAAGACGGUAAGGAAACAGGAAGCUAUCCUCAAACCAGAAACCCUGAUUGAACGCAUGCUAUGGAGUGGACUUCGCUCAAGCUCCACAAUGCACCAAUCAAGCGACUAUAAUAACACUGUUAUAGGUACAAUGUUUGAAACUUUGACGGAGAGGGAAAGUCGAUUACAUCGACCCUAGUGCUCAACUGGUACUUAUUUUAUCGACUCCCAAGGAUGAAAAGCAAAGUCGACCUCGGUGGAAGUUGAACUCAAAGUAAAGACUGGUAAACCAUUGUUAAGCAUUUUGCCCAGCGUGCCAGCAAUUCUGCUAUCCCACCGCCAAUGAUAAUUAUUUUUAAAGUAGACACAGUGCCAGAAAUUCAUUGAGUUAACCGAUUAACUCUUCCUCUUCAGUAAUUGAUUAGCAUUUUGUCGAUCCUCAGCGGGAUUUGAACACAACAUAAAGAGCCGCUACUAAAUACCGCAUGGUAUUUUUCUCAUCCAACAUUGAAAAAUUACAAUCCUACAAUGCUUAAAGACAAAGUUGAGUUUGGUGGGAUUUGAACUCAAGAACUCGGAAGUAAAUACCACACUGGGCUUUUGUCCGACACGCUAGCGAUUCUACCAAUCCAAUCCAAAUUCAAAUUAUACGAAAGCAAGACAAUAGAAAACAAAAGAAAAACAAUCAAAUUAAAAAAUUCCACAAACAGAAGCAAGCAAAUAGACGCGUCUAUAAACAAACAAAAAUAAUACGAACAACAUUGAAUUGAACAGAGGUGAAAUAUUUUGAUUGAAAUUAUAGAAGACAUUAAGAGAGCUUGGAAUAUGUCAUGGACUGACGAAAAUGUACGUCUGAUGAUAACACAUACUGACAGUCAUAGAAUAUUUUAUUUCACCGUUAUAUAAAGUCCUUUACGUAAAUUUUUCUUAACUCUGUCUCGUAUCUUUACUCACGCACACGCAUACACUCACUGAUACACACAAUUAACAAACAGACGCACACACAAGCAUACACGCACGCACGCAUACACACACACACACACACAUACACACACAUACCUGCACAUAUAA